UUCCUCCCUCCCCUCUUCCUUCCUCCUCUGCUCCGCUUUCCCACGUGGUCCCGGGUCGGGACGCGGGGAUUGCGUUGCACGUCGGAGCUGGCGGCUUUUGCGAGACGGGUCUCUCCUGGCUCGGCUCCUCUCCGGCGCUUGCUGGAAUGAGGUGGCUGCUUGGGGGGGAACGGGGGAUCUGGGGUUCUUUCUGGGUCGCCGCCGGGGCAUGGAGAAGCGCCCCCCGGGAUCGGCGGAGGCGCCCGCGUCCUGGCUUUCUCGGGCAAAGCAGCCGAUUCUUGCUGGAGUCCUGGAAAUCUAGCCGGUGGGUUGGCGAAGCCCGGAGGAGAGCCGCGUGUCUUUGGCGCUCCAGCGCACGUCGGAAUUGUCUUGCCAUGGCUGAGCAGCUGGGAAGUCUGGAAAACAGCCUGGCUAAGCGGCCGAGGGACGGGGACGGCAGGCAGGAGGAGGAGACGGAGCCUGGGAAGCAGGAGGAGAAUGGACACGAGGUCAAAAGGUUCAAGGACAAUGAGGAAGAGGUCAAGGACGAAGCAAGGAAGUUCCCGAAGAAGAAAGUUGUGCUGUUGCUGGUGUAUUGUGGGAAGGGCUACCAUGGAAUGCAGCGCAACGUGAAAACGUCCCAGUACAGGACAAUUGAGGAUGACCUAGUAUCAGCCCUCAUCAAAUCUGGAUGUAUUCCAGAAAAUCACGGAGAAGACAUGAAGAAAAUGUCGUUCCAGAGAUGUGCCAGGACCGAUAAGGGCGUGUCUGCGGCUGGACAGAUCGUUUCCUUAAAGGUCUGGCUGAUCGAAGAUAUUUUACAGAAGAUUAACGAGCAUCUUCCUUCUCAUAUAAGAAUUUUAGGGCUCAAAAGGGUGACCGGGAAAUUCAAUUCCAAGAACAGAUGUGAUGCCCGGACCUAUUCAUACAUGCUGCCAACGUUUGCCUUCGCCCACAAGGAUGAUGCUCCUCAGGAUGAAACCUACCGCUUGAGUGCUGAGACUUUGGAGGCCGUCAACCACCUCCUGGCUUGCUACAAAGGCACCCACAACUUCCAUAACUUCACCUCCCAGAAGGGCCCCAGGGAUCCCAGCGCCAAACGCUACAUCAUGGAGAUGUUUUGCGAAGAGCCCUUCGUCAGGAACGGGAUGGAGUUUGCGGUGGUGAAGGUGAAAGGACAAAGCUUCAUGAUGCACCAGAUCCGCAAAAUGAUCGGCUUGGUGAUCGCCAUUGUGAAGGGCCACGCCACCCUAUCCAUCCUGGAGCAGAGCUGGGGAGAGGAGAGAGUGGACAUCCCCAAAGCUCCUGGACUGGGUCUGAUUUUGGAACGGGUUCACUUUGAAAGCUACAAUCAACGGUUUGGGGAUGAUGGCCUCCAUGAAGCCCUGGAGUGGGCAGAAGAAGAGGAGAAGAUCAUGGCUUUCAAAGAGCAGCACAUCUACCCCACCAUUAUCAAUACGGAGAAGGAAGAAAGGUCCAUGAUGAACUGGCUGGAGACGCUCUUCAACCAUCAGUUUGAUUCCACCAUCUCAAAGUUGCAGGAAGACGCCCGAGAUGCUAAGUCUGAUCCUGAAGGUAGCGACGGAUGUGAAGACAACUCCGAUUGAGGAUUUCAGGCACAUGUUGGUACCAUGGAUUAAAGUCCUUUUGAACAGAAGAUCAAGCUUUUCUCAAUGAUGGAUGUCCCUUAGUCUUGAACAGAGAUGAAGAAGGGCAAAAGUGAUGCCUUUUCGGCCCUCUUUGCAGCAACGGAACGAGAGACAUGCUAGCGAGAACAAACACUGCUUUAAUUAUGCUCAAUAAAAAUAUUUCCUUUUUUUUUUUUUUUUUAAAAAAAAAGAAGUUUGCUAAAUUAUGGCUAAAAUGGAGAAAAAUCAUUAUCAAGACUCUUACGGAUAAGUGAAAGCUGUUAAGGAUGCUGUUCCCUUUUGAUUUUUUCCAAACAGCCAACAUUAAUUAUUCCUUUGGAAAGCUUUCUGUGAUUAUUGGCUCAGCCAAGUAGUAAGGACUUUGGAAACUCUUUCUUCCUUUUGUAAAAACAAUAUAUUUUUAUUUUUUAUUUCCACUUUCUCAUAGACCAAAUAAUGUGGUGGUUGAAACAAACUCUGGGUUGGAACAUCUGAGUUUCAUCUCCAUUUUUUUAGAAAACUGUCUAUUUCAGGGUUUUUUUAAUGCUCCUUUUGAAAAUAAUAAUAAAGGCUUCUUAUGACAUGUACAAAGGUUUUUUUAAAAAAUAUUUCUAAUCUAGGUUGCAUAUAAUGCUAAUAUAAUUUGAUCUGGGGGGAGAUUAGAGAACAUUAUAAGUUUUGGAAGCCAUCAAGAAAAACAAAUCAGAAUGUAGUUUUGUGGCUUACUAGUUGCUGUAUUUGUUUAGUGACGAUUCAGUUACAACGGUACUGAAAAAAGUGACUUAAUAGUUGCAAGUCAAGGAUGCAUAUAUGGAUCACUAUGAAUUCCCUAAUAAAAAUUAAAACUGCAAAAAGGAUCAGCCUAGCUGCAAAUAAAUGGCUAUUUAUUAUUUAUUCGAUGAACCAGGGUUAAAUAAACUUUAACCUGUUGGGGUUUUCAUCCAAUUAUUAUGUGAGUAUAUUUUGAUGAGCAAAAUGCAUGACUGUAGGAGAGCCAAAUUGUUGGAAAACUGGAAAAAUAAUUUUAUAAUAAUGAUCCAGUUUAGAAAUACACUUUUAUCUGCAGAACAAAAUCUACAAUUCCCGUGAUAGAAUCAACCUUGUUUGUUAAAACAGUUUUAAAAUAAAAAAUAGAUCU